AUGGCUGAGGAAAACGAAACUACAACACCUGAGUUUCUGCUACUGGGGUUCUCUGACCUCCGAGCCCUUCAGGGGCCACUGUUCUGGUUGGUGCUUCUGGUCUACCUGGUAACUUUGCUGGGGAACUCGCUGAUCAUCUUUCUCACGCAAGCCAGCCCUGUGCUGCAGUCUCCCAUGUACCUAUUCCUACGCCACCUCUCCGUGGUGGAACUUCUCUACACCACAGACGUUGUGCCCAGAAUCCUGGCUGAUUUGGCCUCCUCUCACCCCCAGGCCAUCUCCUUCAGGAACUGUGCAACCCAGAUGUAUUUCUUCAUUGUCCUAGGCAUCUCAGAGUGCUGUCUGCUCACAGCCAUGGCCUACGACCGUUAUGCAGCCAUCUGUCAGCCCCUGCGCUACACCACCCUAAUGAGCCAGCGGGCCUGCAGAGCUAUGGUGGGAACCUCCUGGGCCAUGGGUAUCAUCACAGCUACUACUCACUCCUCCCUCAUCUUCACUCUGCCUUUCCCCAGACGCCCCAUCGUCCCACACUUCCUCUGCGACAUCCUGCCAGUACUGAGGCUAGCAAGUGCUGGAAAGCACAAGAGUGAAGUUUCUGUCAUGACAGCCACAGUGGUCUUUAUCAUGAUCCCUUUCUCUCUUAUAGUCACUUCGUACGCCCGCAUCGUGGGAGCCAUCCUUGCAAUGGCUUCCACCCAGAGCCGCCGCAAGGUCUUCUCAACCUGCUCCUCCCACUUGCUUGUGGUCUCCCUCUUCUUUGGGACGGCCAGUAUCACCUAUAUCAGGCCCCGAGCAGGCUCUUCUGUCACCACAGACCGGAUCCUUAGUCUCUUCUACACGGUAGUCACACCCAUGCUUAACCCAGUCAUCUACACCCUCCGUAACAAGGAGGUGACAGGGGCCCUAAAACAUAUGAUGAGGAAGCAGAUUCCCUAA